AUAUGGCGGCCUCCUCCUCUCUGCCACAACCAACAUGGCGGCGCCCGGGGGAGGAUUUCCGGCCGGGAUGGGGAGAGCGGCGGGCCCCGGGAUCCUCGUACUGCUCCUGAUGGGGCUGAAUGUGAAGGGGGGAGCCGGGGAAUCGUCCGGGUACCUUCUGUACUGUCCGUGUAUGGGACGUUUUGGCAAUCAGGCGGAUCAUUUCCUCGGGACUUUGGCGUUUGCGAAGAUGGUGAACCGGACUCUGGUGGUGCCUCCCUGGGUUGUGUACAAUCAUCACCGCCCUCCCUACAGCAAUAUUCACGUUCCCUACGAGGAGUUCUUCCAGUUGUCUCCUCUGCGGAAGUAUCACCGAGUGGUCAGCAUGGAGGAGUUCAUGGAGAAGUUGGCCCCCAGACUUUGGCCGGCGGACAAGCGCGUGGCCUAUUGCUUCACCACGGCUGCCCAGAGGAGCGCCGACAAACAGUCCUGUCCAAUGAAGGACGGCAACCCAUUUGGCCCAUUUUGGGAUCACUUUCACGUUGAUUUCAUCCGCUCUGAGCUAUUUGAUGGGAUUAACUUCAGCGCUUAUUACAAAGACACUUGGAUGAGCAGGUUUCCUUCUUCUGUACACCCGGUUCUCGCUCUCCCCGGAGCCCCUGCACAGUUUCCUGUCCUGGAAGAGCACCGAGGGUUGCAGAAAUACAUGGUAUGGUCCAAAAAGAUUGUUGAAGAGGGGGACAAGCACAUCCAGAACUUGCUCAUUAGACCCUUUGUGGGGGUUCAUCUGAGGAUUGGAUCGGACUGGGUAAAUGCUUGUAAGAUGGUGAAUGACGGCACAGCCGGUCCUCAUUUCAUGGCCUCUCCGCAGUGCGUCGGCUACGACCGCCACAAGGCCACGCCCCUAACCAUGAACAUGUGUCUGCCGGACCUCCGAGAGAUCAAACGCGCCGUGACCCUCUGGGUGAAGAAGACUAAAUCCAGAUCUGUCUAUGUGGCCACCGACUCCUCCUCCCACACCGCCGAGAUACAGAGAGCCUUGGGGAAGGAGGUGAAGGUGGUCAGCCUCCAGCCGGAAGUAGCCCAGAUCGACCUCUACAUCAUGGGCCAGAGCGACCACUUCAUCGGCAACUGCGUCUCGUCCUUCACCGCCUUCGUGAAGCGGGAGCGGGACCUACAGGAGAAGCCGUCCUCCUUCUUCGGGAUGGACUCGCCUGUCAAGAUGCAGGAUGAGUUGUGAAGCGGAGGGGGAGAUGUGACACAUUCCUUAACUAAUGACUUUUUCAAGAGACUUUCACCCGCGGAGAAACCUUGGGGGGUGGGGGAGGGGAGAUUUACAAAGACGGGAUAGAGUUGCCCAGCGGUGGUCACGAAUAGCCCUGUACCCAGGACUAAGGCCUCCGCCAUUUAGAGUUAAAGUGGAAUUGCUGGCAAAUCAGAAAAACCUAAAAGAAGGCGGGUGACCCCGCCCCCGCGGAUCGAUGGCCCACCUUUUGUAAAUUCCCCUCCCUCCCUCCGCUUGUGAAUUGUAAACUGCAUUUUGUACAUCUCAUUUCUACUGAAUCAAGUGUCCUUGUCUCAGAACCUGGUGUCUUCUUCCCCAGAGAUAAAGCACAUACCUUGUCCCCCUUGGGGAGAUUUACCCUCACUUCCUGUCGUGGUGACCCAACAAGAAGGGACAUCCCCCUAUUAGACAGGUUCUCCCUUUUUAGAAAGUUUGCCCGAUUCUCCUAUGCACUCAUCACUGUCCAGUAGUCACCAGGACAAACGGAGAGGCUUGAUCUCCCGAAGGGGGGACGUAUAUAGCAAUAAAAAUCUGACGGGGGGGGGGGGGCUAACACCAUUGCAGAUCUGACCUCCUGCCUUCCCUUCACACUUCACACUUCCUCCCCAACCUGACUGCUCCUGGUCCCGCCCCUUUCAUUCAUUGGAUUUCAGUUUUCAAUCAUGAAGGAUCACACUUACAUGUGGGCGUUACCUAGGGGGCAGCCUGCCCAGGAACGCCCACUCCUCCAGACUGUCACCCGCCCAUCAAGACAUUUUUGUAUUUGAAUAACUCCUCCCACUGCCUGCAUCAAGGCUGAGUGCUCAAGGAGCUGUGUACAGCACCAGGGCCGGGGCAGGAGGGGAAGCUGCCCUGGGCGCAAUAGUUUAUUGCAGGGAUGGGGGGCGCCUUCUUACAGGAGUAGUGACUACUCUUGUAAGCCCAGCACUGGGAGCGGUGAGGAAAGAGCCACCCCCUAAGCUUGCACAUCAUGAAUGAGAUGGGUGGCACAGUUUGGCGACUUAAUGACCUUGUCCCUACACUGUACAGCACCCUGCCAGCCCCUCCCACCAGCCCUAAUCUGCCCGCAUUGUAUAAAGAAUCACAGAGACCUA